CUUCGCCCUUUCAAGGAGGCCGGCCUCGCCUCACACUCCCGCCCGCCUCCGGCGAUUCAUCCACCCAAUAAAGUAUCCAACCCUAACGAUCCGGAUCGCCUUACCCCGCGUCAUCCACGCGAAUUGAUUCGAUUAUCCUCGGAUUUUCCCCGUUUUUUUGUGGGUUUCCUAUCUUCUUCGAUCGGAGUGCUAGGGUUUGGGCGCGCUCGGUGGGCGGCGUACUCCAGGGUCAUCGUUAGUUGGACGGGCUAGGGUGCUUUCUCACCGGGGGAAGGGAAGCGAAUCCAAACGAUGGAGAAGAAGAAGGUGGCGAUCCCGCUGGUGUGCCACGGUCACUCGCGGCCGGUGGUGGAUCUCUUCUACAGCCCCGUCACACCCGAUGGUUACUUCCUCAUCAGCGCCAGCAAGGACACAAAUCCAAUGCUUCGUAAUGGUGAGACUGGUGACUGGAUUGGGACUUUUCAAGGUCAUAAAGGAGCUGUUUGGAGCUGUUGCCUUGACAGGAAUGCUCUGAGGGCUGCAUCUGCUUCUGCUGACUUCUCGGCUAAAGUAUGGGAUGCACUUACUGGUGAUGAACUACAUUCAUUUGAACAUAAGCAUAUAGUUCGGGCAUGUGCUUUCUCUGAGGACACCCACCUUUUACUCACUGGAGGCAUGGAAAAGACUUUGCGUGUGUAUGAUAUUAAUCGUCCUGAUGCAGCUCCAAGAGAGCUUGACAAAUCACCUGGUUCUGUCCGAACUGCUGCCUGGCUUCAUAGUGACCAAACUAUAUUGAGUUCCUGCACUGACAUGGGUGGAGUAAGGCUAUGGGAUGUGAGAACAGGUAAAAUUGUCCAAACUCUUGAAACCAAGGCUUCUAUUACUAGUGCAGAAGUAAGCCAGGAUGGCAGGUUCAUCACUACAGCAGAUGGCUCAAGUGUAAAAUUUUGGGACGCGAAUCACUUCGGCCUUGUGAAAAGCUAUGAUAUGCCGUGCAAUGUGGAGUCAGCUUCACUUGAACCCAAGUCUGGGAGUAAAUUUGUAGCUGGAGGAGAAGAUUUGUGGGUUCAUGUAUUCGAUUUCUUCACUGGUGAAGAAAUAGCUUGUAACAAAGGGCAUCAUGGACCGGUCCACUGUGUCCGGUUUGCACCUGGUGGUGAAUCAUACGCAUCGGGUUCAGAAGAUGGCACCAUUAGGAUCUGGCAGCUUAGCCCAGUUAAUGCUGAUGACGACGAGGCGGCCAAUGCAAAUGGCAAGGCAAAUGCUGCAGUGAACGAGGUUACAACCAAGCUCGAGGGCGGCUUCCACAUUCCCAAGGAGGGACAGGCUGGGGGGUAGGACCUCAUGUGCUUUGUUGUGGUGCUUGUGGUUCUUAUUGCGAGGAGAUUGCCCAUAGGGCUGCCACGGUCAUUCAGUUUCUCCCUGCAGAGCCAUCAACACCUGUUUGCGAUCCAAGGGUAUCAUGGCUUCAAGAGUCAUCACCCUGGUAACUGGGGAAAAACCAUACCCCUCGUAAGCAUGGUGGUGGGUUUUUGGAUGGGGCCUUCGCUUUGAUAGAACAUAGCAACUGUAGUGUCAAAAAUAAACAAGAGAAUACAACUUGGGUAGGUAUCGUGUCUUCGGUCAUUAAAGUGAAGUAUUCUGUAUCGCCGCCAGUAAUUUUUGUGGCUUUUGAUGUUGGAACGCCGAUUUUCAAAUC